AUGUCUGAUCAAAUAUACUCCGCAAAGUAUUCCGGGGUGGACGUCUACGAGCUGAUACACGCCACGGGGUCGAUCAUGAAGCGGAAGAAGGACGAUUGGGUCAAUGCGACGCACAUACUGAAGGCUGCCAACUUUGCAAAGGCUAAGAGAACGAGGAUAUUGGAGAAGGAGGUGUUGAAGGAGGUUCAUGAGAAGGUCCAAGGUGGAUUUGGGAAGUAUCAGGGGACCUGGGUACCCAUUAAUGUGGCGAACGAGUUGGCGAGGAGGUACAAUGUCCAUGAGAUACUGAAGCCGCUCCUGGAUUUCAAACAGGAAAGCGGAUCUGCGUCUCCGCCAAGAGCUCCAAAACAUCAUCAUGCAAGCCGAGCAGACGGGACGAAGAAAAGAGCAACAAAGAGUGCCAGCAUGUCUGCAUUGAGUUCAGCAUCCCCCUCGCCAGGUAUAAAUGGGACAGCCUCCUUCCAAACUAGUGCCGCAGGGGCAAGACAGUCUGGUCUCGGGAGUACAACCGUGGCGUCUGCAACCGGCUCAGAAUCUAACUCGGCAACAACAACAACAACAACAACAACAACAACGGUGGUCAAUCCUGUGGUGACCCGAAGGAGAGGCCGUCCGCCAUUGUCAGGGAAGGGAGCCACAAAACGGAAACUCACCGCGAAAUUGCAGAGGUCUCAAAGUGAUAUGGGGUUUCCCCGUCCCGCGAUACCAAAUUCAUCGAUAAGUUCAAAACAACUGCCGUCACUGAGAACCAAAUCAGUGAACUCUUCCAAAGCAGCCAAGGAUACAUCCCAGAGCGUGGUGACUACGCCACCAGAUAUAAAUACAGAGAAUGUUCCACUCGGGAUCAGGGGACUGCCCCAAUACAAAGAACUGGAUAUUGACGACGGUUUGUCCAGUGAUAUCGAACCGUUAUCCGCCAUCAAGGGGGAUGCUAAUCCAUCUCGUACUAAUAAACUAGAUUCCUCAGGGGCGUCGUCACCGUCACUGCCCACUUCUCCGAGUGAGUUAUCUGAGUCUAACCCGUUUGAUUCGCAGAGGUUCGGCAUGGGGACAUCUCCGAUUGUCUCGAUGAUCCCAAGGUAUCCUAUAAUAAACCAUGGUUUGGAUGAGGUCAGUGACGAGUCCAGCAGACCGCCAACGUCCGAUAUCAACGAUAAAGUGAACCGCUACUUGUCAAAACUCGUGGACUAUUUCAUCUCGAGUGAGAUCAAAUCGAACAAAACGAUGCCGGAUGAGUUACUGAACCCGCCACAGCACAGUGCGCCGUACAUAGAUGUGCCUAUUGAUCCUGAAUUGCAUACAGCCUUUCAUUGGGCCUGUUCUAUGGGUACGCUGCCCAUUGUGGAGGCGCUGUUUAACGUUGGUACGAGUCCGCGUUCGAUCAAUUUCCAGGGGCAAACUCCCCUAAUGAGGGCAUCGAUGUUCCACAACUCGUACACGAGGAGGACUUUCCCCAAGAUUUUCCAGUUAUUACACGAAACCGUUUUCGACGUUGACUCCAACAUGCAGACGGUUAUCCACCAUAUAGUGAAGCGGAAAUCGUCGACACCAUCAGCGGUGUACUAUUUGGAUAUUGUGUUGUCUAAACUCAAAGAUUUCGCCCCGCAGUACAGAAUUGAACUGCUGCUCAACUCUCAAGAUAAUAACGGUGAUACUGCGUUGCACAUUGCCGCCAAGAACGCCGAUAAGCAAUUUUUCAACACGUUGAUAAAUAAUGGCGCUUUGAACGCUAUACCGAACAAGGAAGGGCUGACCUCGACAGAAAUAAUGAAUGAGAGGUACGAGCAGUCAAAAAUCGACACGAAUACGCGCGAAAACGACAAAGAUUUCAUGAUUGAAGACACGUUGAUGUUACCGCAGACAGAAUCGAUGAUAUACUCGUCACAAGCGGCCACGCGCUUUGUUCGUGGCAUCCCAGAUAUAGUGAGUUCGAUGAAAUCGCUUGCUGAAAACUACAACAAGAUGCACCAAAGGAGAGAAAGUCGAAUUCAGUUCACCAGAAAGAAUCUCGAUAAGAUCAGCGCUAAUGUGAAAAACGUAAACAGAGGGCUACUGGAGGUACUACACGAGGGAGGCUUCCGUACCGAUGAACGGGAUAUACCCAAAUUGAUCAAACUACGGGACGAUCAAACGAAUAAACUACGGGGUAACCUUCUUGAAGCAAGGAAGAAGUUAAAGAACUCACUUGAGAAGAAUCAGUCCUUGCAAUUGAAAAGCCUUCUAGCUGAAGGUGGCGGGGAUACAGAUAAAGACGAAAGUGAUUCCUCCGACGGUAAGGGUGGUGUCGCUGACCCGCUAGCAGAUAGAUUGAGGAUGGGGGUGGAACUGACUAGAGCCCAACUCAGGAGAACCCACUAUAUCUCAGAGAUAAUGAGGAUAGUGGAGGACAACAUCAAGAUCCACAAAUACCGUCAUAUGAUUAGUGAGGGCACCGAGAUGGCGCCUGGUGAAAUCGAUGGAUGUCUGAACGUGAUACUCCAAAGUUUGGAGACCGGUUCAAAGGAUCCUAAGGACGCGACAAAGGAACCGACGUAA